AUGGUAAGGUCACUUCCGGCUACGUCGGCAACACCAUGGCGACCUUCUGCAUGCAAACCCUCGGCUGCGAAGUCUCCGCCAUCCACACCGUCAACUACAGUACCCUUCUUCCCCUUUCCCUCGUCCUACUCCCAUACCAACGAAAGCGUCACAGGCAACCACGUAGGCUACGGCCGCUUCACCGGCCGCAAAUCCAGCCCCUCCGAAGUCAGCGACCUCUACACCGGCCUCAAGUCCUCUGGCCUCUCCAACUUCCACAUCCUGCUCUCCGGCUACUGCCCUUCCGCCGCUUUAGUCGAGGAAAUCGGAAAAAUCGCCCGCGAACGCAAACUCGAAUCCGCCACUUCGCCCGGGUCGUUCUUCUGGAUCCUCGACCCGGUCAUGGGGGAUAACGGCCGUAUCUACGUCGCUGAAGACACCGUGCCCGCGUAUCGAGGUCUACUGAGAGACGCGGAUUUGAUCCUGCCGAACCAGUUCGAAGCGGAGCUGUUGUCUGGCGUGCAGAUUACGGAUUUGGAGAGUAUGACGCGCGCGAUUGAGAAGUUGCAUACCGAGCAUCACGUGCCGCAUGUACUCAUCACGUCGAUCCGCUUCCCGAGCUCGGGGGAGGCGACGCCGGAGGCGAGCGAGGACGAUCUCACGUCGACGGGGAAAUUAAGCGUCAUCGGCUCGAGCGCGACGUCCAACCAGGAGCCACGAUUAUUCCGGAUCACGAUACCCUCACUGCCAGUCUAUUUCUCUGGCACGGGGGACAUGUUCGCCGCGACGCUUGUAGCGAGGCUGCGGCAAGCGGCGUUGCAGGCCGGGGUGCUGGGGAAGCCGAACUGGCGGAGCGAGGACGGUGUGCGGGGGCCUGAUUUGCCGCUGGCGAAGGCGACGGAGAAGGUGUUGGCGAGUAUGCAUGCGGUGUUGGAGGAUACGGCGGAGCAUUAUGCCAAGGCGAAGGCGGAUAUGGAGGGGGAGGGGGAGUUGAGUGGUGGGGUUGGGGUGGAGGCGGGGCAGGACAAGGAGGUGGAGAGGCAUUUGCGGUUGACGAGGGCGGCGGAGGUGAGGGUGGUGCGGAAUGCGAGGAUGCUUGUGCAUCCGCCUGAUCUGGAGCAGUUCAAGGCGCAGGCCAUCGAGAGCGGUGGGAGUGCGUGA